GUAAAAAGGCAAGGCCAGAGUCAGAGGGAAGACAGACACGAGGGGAAAGAAGUUAGAUCAAGUUGAGCCAAGUGGAAUGAAGUAGUGACAGAGAGAUGAAUCAGUCAGUCCUGUGACAGGAGAGAUUUACAGUGUGGACAGCCUGCAGUGAAGACAAGGGCAUUAAGGGACAUUUUAAGAGAGACACGUUUAAGAAGGGAGAAAAGUCCCUCAUUUAUCAACGCUGCAUCUUAAGACAUCACAGGAGGAUAAAAGGAGUGUGACAAGACGGAAAACCCCACAGGUUGUAGAUGCAGACAGGUGGUCAGUCAGGCAUGCCUCUUGUGCUUCUGUUUCUCUGUGUGGCUGGAGGAGUCUGGGGGUCCACCCCUGGAGUGUGGGGGUAUGAACGGAUCCAGGACAGACAGGCUACGGCGGCAGCAAUGUGCCCAUCUCCAUGCCACUGUGAGGAAGAUGGGAUCUUUAUCAUGGUUGACUGCUCAGAGAUGGGACUAUCAUCUGUGCCAACCAACCUCAGCCCACUGACCACAUACCUGGACCUGAGCAUGAACAACAUCAGCAAGAUCCAGCCCAGAGCCUUCCACCGACUGCACCUGUUAUCAGAACUGCGAAUCUCAGGGAAUCAGCUAAGGUAUAUCUCAGGCCUCGCUCUCCAAGGUCUACACAACCUCAAAGUUCUGAUGCUGCAAAACAACCAGCUGGAGAGACUUCCUGAUGAUGCUCCUUGGGACCUACCCAAUCUCCUGUCCUUGCGUCUUGAUGCUAACCUGUUGUCUGUGGUUCCGGUUGAGGCCUUUAGAGGUGUCCGCUCUCUCAGACACCUGUGGCUGGAUGACAACUCCCUAACAGAGAUCCCAGUGAUGGCCCUCGACUCUCUGCCCUCCCUGCAGGCCAUGACGCUGGCGCUCAACCAAAUCACACACAUCCCAGAUUACGCAUUUACCAACCUCUCCGCCCUUGUUGUACUGCAUCUCCAUAACAACCACAUCAGGAGCAUGGGCUCAAGAUGCUUUGAAGGUUUACACAGUCUGGAGACACUGGAUUUAAACUACAAUGAUCUGCAGGAGUUUCCUGUGGCUAUCAGGACACUGAGCAAACUUCAGGAACUGGGCUUCCAUAACAACAAUAUCAAAGCCAUCCCUGAGAGGGCCUUUGUGGGAAACCCUCAGCUCCAAACCAUUCAUUUCUAUGAAAACCCCAUCCAGUUUGUGGGAAAAUCCGCUUUCCAGUUCUUACCUAAGUUGCACACACUCUCUCUUAAUGGGGCAACCCAGAUUCAGGAGUUUCCCGAUCUGAAAGGAACCACCAGCCUGGAAAUUUUGACACUGACUCGAGCUGGUCUCUCAGCUCUCCCUCUGGAUCUAUGUGAGCAGCUGCCUCGCCUCAGAGUGCUGGAGCUUUCUUACAACCAGAUAGAGGAUCUGCCCAGCUUUUACCACUGCUCUGCACUGCAAGAGAUAGGAUUGCAGCAUAAUCAAAUCAGAAGGAUUGAGUCAAGCACCUUCCAGCAGCUCACCUCUCUAAGAGCUCUUGAUCUGAGCUGGAAUAUGAUUGAGAGGAUCCACCCAGAUGCCUUUGCCUCACUUCACUCUUUGAUUAAACUGGACCUGACUGAGAACCAUCUCAGCUCAAUACCUGUUGUAGGUUUGGGCGGUCUGACCCAUCUCAAGCUGAGGGGGAACACAGAAUUAUAUGAGGCCUUCAGUCCUGAUAGUUUUCCCCAUAUGAGGGUGAUAGAGAUGCCUUAUGCCUACCAGUGCUGUGUGUAUGGCUCCUGUGACAGCUACAAGCCAGCCAGUCAAUGGGACUCAGAGCAGAGCAGCACUAAUGAAGACCUGCACAAGAGGACUGUAGCCAUGUACCCCAUCCAUGCUGACACUCACUAUGACCCAGAUUUGGAGGAGUUCCAGCUGGAAAUAGAGGAAUCCAAACUACAGACCAGCGUGCAGUGCACACCGACACCUGGUCCUUUCCGUCCCUGUGACUCUCUGUUGGGCACCUGGCUAGUUCGUGUUGGCCUAUGGUGCAUCUCCCUGGGAUCUCUGCUGGGGAACUCCAUCCUGCUUCUGUCUCUCUUUGGCUCAUCUGGUUACCUGUCGCCACUUCGCUUCACCGUGGCUUGCAUGGGUGCUUCAAAUCUACUGACGGGUGUGUGUACAUGCACCCUGGCCCUCGUGGAUGCUCUUACACUGGGAGAAUUUGGUCACCACGGAGCCCGCUGGGAAGGGGGUCCUGGUUGUCAAGCAACAGGAUGGGUCUGGGUGUUUGCAUCUGAGGCCAGUGUAUUGCUGUUAACUCUUGCAGCAGUGCAAUGUGGUGUGAGUGUGACGUGUGCGCGUGCCUAUGGGAAAUCUCCAUCCCUUGGGAGCGUACGCACCUGUGCACUGUUCUGCCUCGCUCUCUCCCUCACGCUUGCUUCUCUCCCAUUGGCAGGAGUCGGGGAGUAUGGGUCUUCGCCUUUUUGCCUUCCCUCGCCCCUGCCACCACCAUCUUCUCGACUGCCAUCCUCCCUGGGCUUUCCCUUGGCCCUCAUUAUGAUGAACACCCUGUGCUUGCUUAUAGUCACAGGUUCACACAUCCGCCUCUACUGGGAGUUACUCAGAGGAGAGUGUGAGGGCUUGUGGGACUGUGCUAUGAUCAAACAUGUUGCCUGGCUAAUAUUCACCAAUGGCCUUCUCUAUGUACCAGUAGCUUUCCUCUCCCUUUGUUCCCUUCUUGGUCUCCUUUCUCUGGGGGAGGAAGUGCUAAAAUCAGUCCUUCUGCUUCUCCAGCCCUUGCCUGCUUGCCUCAACCCUCUCCUCUUCCUUCUUUUCACACGAGACCACUCUCAGUUGUACUUCUGGCCUCGCCCCAAAGCACGUACACAGUUACGUCGGGACCGCACCUUGGACUCGUUGGUUUCUGUGGACACAGAAAAGAGCUCCUGCUCUGAUUCAUCAACACAGGUGUCACUCACUGAUGCCAUGUAUGGUGGAGGAUCUUCUCUCCAACCCCGACAAGAUCCAAUCAGAUUUUCCCACUGCUCCUCCACUUCCUCUGUUCCUCUCAUCCCUUGCCAAAUACCCCCUCCCACUGCCAGAGAUAGAGAAAGAGUGACAGAAUGAGAGCGCCUGAGCGAGAGGUGAUUUCUGGAACAUUUGGAUCAAGAUGUGAUUCACAACACUCUGCCCUCUGUAUCACACUGCCAUGUCUCUCACUCUCAAUGUCUUACCCAUGAGCC